UGGGGCUGAAGUCGCAUGUGGCAAACUCAACAUAUAAAAGAGGCAGGAAAGUUCAGACUGGCAUCGCAGUUUCAAGCAGCGAAGCAACAAAGCAAUCAAAACUCAAGAAAAAUGAUGACCAAGUGCCUAUUCUUCCUCGCCGCCCUUGUGGCCAUCACUUCCGCCGGACUUGUUCCAGCUGCGGUACCCGCUGCCCUUACCGUAGGCACUUAUGCCACCAGCUACAACGCACAUGCCAUCAACCACGCUGUUGCUGCUCCCUAUCUGGCUGCACCUGCAGUUGCAGCUGCGCCGUUAGCCUAUUCCGCCGUCCCUGCUCUUUCCGCCUAUUCAGCUUUACCCGUCAGUGCCUACUCCGCCUACGUCGGACGUCGUUAAAACAACAAUUGGAUAGCAAACAAUUGACAGAGCCAUCAUUUUCAUUUCUGGACUAAAACCAACGUUUACAGAAAAAAAUCCCAACGUCAAAAUUUACAAGGGUGUACUUUUCUAUCCUGGAUAUUUUAUGAUUUUACGGGAUUCAACAACUACCUCAACCCCAAUCAAUAAAUUCAUCACGACGAUCGUCAUCAGGAUCAACUUACCAUCCGUCGGUACUGUAAUUCAACAACUCGAGCUACCAUUUUUUCUCAAGAGAGGGAGCCUUUGGCGCUUGGUCUGUCUAACUCGCACGUCAUGAAUUCUGUGAUCAUUCAUCAGCCGUCAUCACGUUUUAUCUCCGAUUAAAAUUCAAAUAAACUAUUCAUUCUUUGAAAAAAAA